CAAGAGAAUCCUUGAAGUUGCUUGACUGAUCUUUGUUUUAUACUUUAAAGCAACACAUAAUGCACUCACACAUAUAUUUACAUUAACAUUGAUCAUUAUACUUAUAUAUAGUUAACUAAGUUUGAUUCUAUAAUAUACAUCAAGUGUUACAACCGACGGUCAAGUAUGGAAGUGCAUUAUGAAAAAUAUUUAGCGUCCUUGUGUGUGAUGAUUAUGUUAAUGUGUUCAGUUUCAUGGGUGAGAGGAGGAGAUGUGACGGCUAUAGGCGAUCCGGGGAUGAAGAGGGACGGGCUAAGAGUGGCGAUAGAGGCAUGGAAUCAGUGUAAUGAGGUUGGUGAAGAAGCUCCUGAUAUGGGCAGUCCGCGCCAGGCUGAUUGCUUUGAUCUUCUGCCUCAUCAUUCUACUCCUACAUCAUCUCUUCCAUUUGAGUUGAUCCACAGAGUGAACCAGACGGAUAACAUGUAUGGGAUUAUGAAUGCGCAGAAGCAAGGACUGAAGGAUAUCGAUCUUGAUAAAUACGCAGCUUGGAAAGAGGUUUAUUUGGGAACCAAAUGCCAGGUUUCAGAUAAGCCUACACCAUGGCAGUUUUGGAUGAUCAUGCUCAAGAGUGGCAACAUGGACACAUUAGCUGCUGUGUGCCCUGAAAACGGGAAGAAAGCGCAGCCCUUUCCACAAGAAUCUCGGUUUCCUUGUUUUGGCCAAGGCUGCAUGAACAUGCCGAGGAUAUAUCAUGAUUAUACUAGUGUUCAGGGGAACAGUUCUAUGAAGGGAAGAUUUUACGGAACAUGGGACUUAUCUGCGAAUAUUACAACUGCCAAAACGGCAAAUGAAACUUCUUAUUACUCUGUUACUUGGGAGAAGGAGAUUGGCAGAAAAGGAAGUUGGGUUUUUCAUCAUUUCUUGAAGACCUCAACGAACUAUCCAUGGUUGAUGCUUUACUUGAGAUCAGAUGCUACCAACGGAUUUUCAGGAGGGUAUCAUUACCAAACAAGAGGAAUGACAAAAAUUGUUCCGAAAUCACCACAUUUCAAAGUGAGAUUCACACUGGAUAUAAAGCAAGGAGGAGGUCCUAAGAGCCAGUUCUACCUAAUGGACAUCGGAAGUUGUUGGAAGAACAAUGGACAGCCUUGUGACGGAGAUGUCACCACAGACGUGACACGCUAUAGUGAGAUGAUCAUCAAUCCAGGCACAGAGGCAUGGUGCAAGCCAGAUGAUCUGGGGAAAUGUCCUCCUUACCACACUCUAUUAAACGGGACUAAAAUUCAUCGUUCGGAUACACGAGACUUCCCUUAUGAUGCUUAUCAUAUUUACUGUUCCCCUGGAAAUGCAGAGCAUAUUGAGAGCCCGUUUAACUACUGUGAUGCUUAUAGCAAUCCGCAACCUCAGGAAAUACUGCAGAUUCUCCCACAUCCGGUGUGGGGAGAAUACGGAUAUCCAAUACGGAAGGGGCAAGGCUGGGUUAAUGACUCAAGAACUUGGGAACUUGAUGUUGGCAGACUCUCACAAUCACUUUAUUUUUACCAGGAUCCGGGAGCUGCGCCGUUUGAAAGGCAUUGGCCAUCAAUUGACUUAGGAACUGAGAUUUAUAUCAGUGAUAACCAAGUGGCAGAGUGGACUGUCAGCGAUUUCGACAUCAUAGUUCCUGAUACACAAUCUGCUGAGGCAUAGGGGAGAUUGGGGAAUGUUGUUCGCACUGCAAGAUGUAAAUGCUGGUGCCUGUGUUAUGCAAGAUUUUUAUUUAUCACUCUUUGUUUAUAGAUUUCCAUCAAAUAAAAGAUCAACAUUAUACAGAACACAUCAAAA